AUGCCUCUUACUGGAGUGAAUAAUGUUGUACUGGUUCUUUCCGGCAAAGGAGGCGUGGGAAAAUCCUCUGUCACACUCCAACUCGCCCUCGCACUCUCGCUUCAAGGCAAAUCCGUCGGUAUCCUCGACAUCGAUCUGACAGGACCCUCAAUGCCACGCCUAGUCGGACUCGAAGAUGCAAAAAUCACACAAGCACCAGGCGGAUGGAUGCCAGUACCAGUUCACGGGGCGGAAUCCGCAGCUGAUGCCGACGCCUCAGCAACUUCAACACAACCCAAACGCGGCUCUCUCCGCUGUAUGUCCCUGGGCUUCCUCCUACGGGAUCGCGGCGACGCGGUCAUCUGGCGUGGACCAAAGAAAACAGCUAUGAUCCGCCAAUUCCUAUCUGAUGUCUUCUGGGGCCCGACUGAUUACCUGCUCAUCGAUACGCCUCCUGGAACGAGUGACGAGCACAUUGCGCUGGCUGAGCAGCUGCUCACACUAUCCACCACAGAUGCGGCGGCGGCUGCGCAAGGGGGUUUGCCUAGACUUGCUGGUGCAGUCCUUGUUACAACGCCGCAGGCUGUUGCCACAUCGGACGUCCGCAAAGAGGCGAACUUCUGUGUUAAGACUAAUAUUCCUGUGCUUGGAGUUAUCGAAAAUAUGUCCGGGUAUUCUUGCCCUUGCUGUGGGGAGGUUAGCAAUCUGUUCUCCAGUGGCGGAGGACAGGUAAUGGCCCAGGAACUAAGUCUUCCAUUUAUGGGCAGUGUGCCUAUUGAUGUGAAAUUUGGGGAAUUGGUUGAAGGGAAGAUGGAGGCUGGGGAUAGUGACGAGGAAGAUGAUGAGAUUUCAAACAGUCAACCACAAGAUACAGUCGUUGAGCCUGAUAAUCGGCCGCUCGUUGAACGAUAUCGGGAUACCUGGUCUUAUCCUCGGUUUGAGGGAUUCGCGAAAACUCUCAUCAGCGCCAUUGAGGGUCCGACCGCCGUGUAG